AUGGACGGACGGACGGGCAGCGAGAGCCCGACCGCGGCCCCCGCGCUCCCCAUCCCGGGAUGGGACGGACGGCAGAAAGCCCGGACAGACCGACAGAUACAGGGACAGACGGAGGACGGACGGACGGACGGAGGACUGCGGGCGGGGGCAGCGCGGCGGUCUGGCUACUCUCCCCGCAGCACUCCCCCCCCCACCCCGCCCCGCUCUUCCCAANNCCCCCCCCUGGGCCCCCCGUGCCCUUUCGACGGGGCGGCCUGGGCCCCCCGGCCCCCCCCGGGCCCCCCGCAGGGCUGCUUCGCCUGCAUCGCCAAGCCCCCGGCCCUCCGGCACGCCUCGCCCGUCCUCUCGCCCUCCUCCGCCGCGCAGCUGAUGGAGAGCAAGGGCUGCAAAGGGGACAGCCUGCGGCCGGCGGGCCCGUGCAAGCACUCCGUGGAGAAGAAGACCAUGACCAACCCCACCACCGUCAUCGAGAUCUACCCCGACACCAGCGAGGUGAAUGACUACUAUCUCUGGUCCAUCUUCAACUUCGUAUACCUCAACUUCUGCUGCCUCGGCUUCAUCGCUUUGGCCUAUUCGCUGAAAGUCCGGGAUAAGAAACUCCUCAAUGACUUAAAUGGCGCAGUGGAAGAUGCCAAGACAGCCCGGCUUUUUAACAUCACCAGCUCAGCCCUUGCCACCUUCUGCAUCAUCCUCAUCUUCAUCUUCCUGCGGUACCCCCUCACUGAUUACUAGCAGGAGGCCAACAGCAGCGCCGCCGCCAAAAUGCCUCUAUGCCAGAAGUGUCUGCAGUUGUUUCCUGUAGCAAGGACGUGAGAGUAAAACUACUCUGCCGUGAUUGCAAAAAANAAAAAAAAAAAAA